AUCAGGUCGUGGGGAGAGGGUAUAGUUUUGGGCAACCCAUCACAUAAGUCAGCCAGCCUGUGUCUAGUGGAGAGCUCUUCUGAACUGUUUCUGCUUUGUUAAUUCCUUUCCUUUCUCCAAAAGGCCUUUUCGUUACUGUAGCUUCUAGCAAUUUUGAAAACCUUGGUGGCGUAGUGGUUAAGUGCUACAACUGCUAACCAAAGGGUCAGCAGUUUGAAUCCACCAGGCGCUCCUUGGAAACUCUAUGGGCAGUUCUACUCUAUCCUCUAGGGUCGCUUGCGUCGGAAUCGACUUGACGGCACUGGGUUACUGGGUUAGCGGUUUUGAGCAUGAGGAGGCUCACUACCAUCAUGUAAAUCUUUUUUAAGUGACUUUAUUAAAAAGGGCUGACUUGUAUAGGUCUUUAAAAUGAUCCAAAUGGAGACAAUUGUUGACAUAGGUGCCAUAAAUAAUUAAUUAGGGAGAAAGGAAGUAUAACUACUAGAAGGAACGACAACCUGUGACAGGUCUAAGUAUGUCAGUAUGUUAUUAGGAAAAAAAUCACAUUAUUUUGGGAAACUUUUUACAAUGAAGUGUUUAACAAAUUCCAUAUUACUCACCUGAGAAAGAAGCUAUUCUGUCUGAUCUUGUAAUAAGGAGAUUUUGGUACAGAGGUAAGACUUGGGUCACAGAAGAGUGACUGUGGAAAAAAAUGCCCCUUUGACUUGUAUCUCCAGAAUUUCUACUUUAUUCCAAACUUUGAAGUUGCAGCUAGGUCCCCUUAAAUCUCUAGAUGUAUCCAUGAGCUUGAAGGCUUAAGUCUUUUUCAAUUGGAGGAGCUAUUUGUUUGCUUUCCUCCAAACUGGUUUUUGCCACACUUUUUUGUACUUUUGUAAAUGAAAUCGCAGACAAUAACUUCUUCAUUAAAAAAAAAAAAGAAAAGAAAAAAACUUCUUCAUUAGGCUGGGAAAAAUGGAGAACAAGGAAGGUGCAAUAUAGCUUUAUUUAGAAACAACCACGAAAGUAUUCACAUUUUUAGGCUCUAGGACUCUAUUACUGGCAUUUUAACCUGAGAAAAUAAUUCAAUGAAAGCAAAACAGUCUACACAAAGAUGAUCAUUCCAGCAUUAUCUAUAGCAAGAAACUGGAAACUAUCUAAAUGUCAAACAUUAGAGAGAUGUUUACUAAAUUGUGCUCUGUCAAAAGGUGAAGUAUUUUGCUGCUAUUUAAAUGAUUAGAGAAACGUGGGAAAAAGGUGGACGUAUGAAAAAAAGCAGAAUUCAAAAACUAUGCUAUGCAUUAUUUAAUGUAACACAAUACUUAAGUAUAUUAAAGUAGUGGGAUUAGUCAGUGAAACCUUUUAAAUUAUCUUUAAAAAUUUUAAUGAAAUUUUGGGUAAUUGAAAUUACCUAGUUGUGGCAAUUAUUUACAAGGAUAUAUAUACUUUCUAAAACACCAUAGAAUUAUUUAUUAAAUUCUUCUUUUUCUAUUCCUGUGUCCUCCCCCCUCCUUUCCCAAAAUAGAAGUUCUUUGUUUUUCCACUGAAUUCCCAUAGUACCUUUUCUGCACUUUUCUUAAGUCUCUUAUUUUUUACCGUUGUUAUGUCCAUGUUUAAUUUCCCCAACCAGCUUUAAAGCUUUUUGGCAUUAUAUUCAUAUAGGAUUUAUGUUGUAUCUUCUAAUACAGCAGCCCAUUGCAUAGACCGUAGGUAUCCAGUGAGUCUUAAUUGAAUUAUAAACAUGAAAUUGUAUGAAGAUAGAUAUUGACCAACAUGUUUGAGGAUACUUGCACAUGGGUUUUACAUGACUUAGAGCAUGUGCAUGUGCCUGACUCAACUCUGUGUACCUGUUAGGUGUGCAAACCUGACUUCACCCACAUACACAUUACCUCUGUAUUCUUGACUUUGGGGCAACGUCUUUCUAUAUUUUUACUUCUCAUGUAAAACAGCCGCAUUUCGUUUGCAACCAGGAAGGAAAGAUCUGGAGGGAAGAGACAGAGCCAUCUGAUGUCAGAUCAACACAGUCAAUUUAAAGUUGAAUAUUCCUAAAAAAAAAAAAAAGUCAUAUGAGAGAAUUAAUACUCAUUCUUGCAUAGGACGUUCUGUGCAAAAAAAUUUUUUUUUCAUUCCUAAGCCACUGGUGUAAUAAUUAGCCAAAAGUUCAGCAGUUUGAACCCACCAGCUGCUCUACAGGAGAAGGAUGCGGCAAUGUACUUCUGAAAGAUUUACAGCCUCGGAAACCCUAUGGGACAAUUCAACUCUGUCCUGUAGUGUUGCUAUGAGGCAGAAUUGACUCAAUGGCAACCUGUUUUUGGUUAGUUACGAAGAAAUGCACAUGUUUACCAGCAGAGGGCACUAGUUGCGAGUUACAGAUUGGAGAGAGGAAUUCUUAGGAAGACUCUGGGAGGUAAGUGUUGGCAUUGUAUUGGCUGUGUUAAGCACCUUGCUUGCUGCUAUGGUUGGUCUGGCUUUUCUUUGACUCUUUUGGUGUCCAGUGGUGCUCGUCAAGUUUUCCCCAAGAGCAAUUUUUGUCUAAGCCUGGUUGGUAAGUUAGAGGACAGAGGAAUCCAGGUGAAAGGACUUUAUUAUAGUAGGUGUUUGGAAGCCUCAGAUGCCAGCCUGUGUGUAAUAUCUUUAGGGGUUCAGAUACUGUUUCCCAUCCAGAGAUGAGGUAGAAAUGGCAUUAACCAGGCAUCUGUGGAUCUGGUUCCACCCAGCUUGGCCUCCAACUCACUGGGUAAUCUUGAGCCAGUUGCUUCCUCUCUCAGUUGCUUCCUUCCUCAGUUGGCUUAUCUCUAAAAUGGAGGUAAUACGACGAGGAUAAUGCCUUCUCUGCACAGUAGUUAACAGUAGGCUCUGAGGCCAGGCAAAUCUGAGUUCAGAUUCCAGCUUCACCAUUUACUACCUAUAGGGCCUUUCAAGCCCAGUUUCCUCACAUUUAACAUAGGGAUAAUAAUCCCUUCUCCCAAGUUGUUUUAAGUAUUCAAUGAGAGGGUACAUGUAAAAAGUUGAGAACAGAACCUGGCUCAGAGUAAAUGUUCAGGGAAUGAAAAUGAUUACUAUUUAGAGGAUGUUAUCUUAAGUCAAAGGAGAUGAUGGAAGGGAAGCUUUAAAGUAGAACACAAAUGACAUGGAUGAUUAUACUCUUAAAUCCACUCCAGAGUAUGGAGUCUUCUACCCUCAGAGGAGGUGUCCUGAGGGAAGCCAGGCUUUACCCUGGAUAAGCCGGUGUUCCAGUUAUGUUUUGACUUUUUGGGUGCCUUAAGUUCCUUUUCAGUUUUUGCCUGGUUUCCUGGUGGGGGUGAGAGGAUAAGGGACUCUAACAAGUGGCCAGAAUCUGAGGGGAAGUUUUGGUGCUACAGGUGUGGGUUGACCUUAAUUUAGCUCCGCUUCUUAUCUUUUUUUUCUCUUAUCUAGUCCUUGCUGACCUGUUGGUAAUAAUGAUCACUGGAGAUAUGAAAAUGGCUUUGUGAGAGGCCCAGAGCUGUGCUCCCUGGCACAUGUACUCCAGCUGAUUUUCUUCUUGAUCCCAGCAACAAGGGCUCACAGAGCUUUUGUUUGAUAGAUUGGCAUGGACAGUGAAAAUAAUAGCUGCUAAAAUGGCUACUAAGGAGCCCUGGUUGGGCAGUGGUUAAGUGCUUGGCUACUAACUGAAGGAUCGGUGAUUCGAACCCACUAGCUGCUCCACAGGACAAAGAUGUGGUGGUUUGCUUCUGUAAAGAUUAACAGCCUUGGAAACCCCAUGAGGCAGUUCUGUUCUGUCCUGUAGGGUCGUUAUGAGUUGGAAUCGACUCGACGGCAGUGAGUUUGUUUUGGGUUUGGAAUGGCUACCAAGUGCUUAUUACAGACUGGGCUCUCUGCUAAGUGCUUUAUAUACUUUUACAUUUAAACCUAACAACAAUGGGAGGUAGGUACUAUUAUCACCUUUUUAUAGAUGAGAAAAUUGAGACUUAUAAAGUAACUUGCUUAGGGUCAUGUUUCUGAUAGGUACAUUUGGACCUUGGUCUGUCUGAUAUUAAUGGUCUGGGUUCUUUUCGUUGUUCUAAGUGGUCUUCACAUUUGGCUAUGCAUUAGAGUCACCUAUGAAGUUCAUUAAACUUUCUGCUUCUCUGACGCUGAUUCUAUAGGAGUCAGGUAGAGCAUGACCUUGCAUUGCUUUUUCCUUUUCCAGAUUUAUUGAGGUAUAAUUUACAUAAAAUAAAAUUUACUCAUUUUAAGUAUACAGUUUAAUGAACCGUAGUAGCUUUAUACAGUCAUAUAAGUAGCACCACAAUCAAGACAUGGAACAGUUCCAUAACCCUAAAAAGUUUUCGCAUGCAUUUUGAGCCCCUGACACUUGCGAUCUUAAUCAGGUGGGCAGAUAGUUCUAAUGCACAGGCAGGUGUGGGACCACUGUACAGCAAAUGUGAGGAACUGAAGUUCUGGAGAAGGAAGAUAAAAGCAGUGAAAAGAGGAAAAAAGACACUUAAGAGGAAGAAUGAUUGCCCUGGCUGUCUUCAGAUAAACCAAGAUGUGCUGGCUCCCAGUGCUGAGGUGGAGUGUGGAAAAGAGAGCUCUCUAGACCAAACUAAAAAAAAAACCCAAAAAACAGUUUCUCCUUCCAACACAGUUUCUUCCCAAGCCAUGCAGAGCUAAGGAUUCUGAACAAAGUUAGUGUAGAUGGCUGGGAAAAUUACUUUGGAAUGGAAAGCUGGGGCCACUAAAUACUAUUGGUGUGCUAUGGAAGAAGACUUUGGGUACAGAAAGGGAGGGCAGAAAGGGAGAUAGUAUAUGCUAUUGCCAAGCAAUCUGAGAAUGGAACCUUUUCUUCCAGGCAGACCACUUUGGUUCCUUUGACUCUCUUCUACUGCAAGAAUGCAAUGGUAGCUCUCGUUAGUCUGAAGUCCAGGAAAAUUAGCUUGGACCAGCAGAUUCAGGCUGUGGCCUAGAGAACAUUUGGAUAAUAAGGUAGAAUGUAAAAUGUAGCUCUGAAUCCAGAGACGAAAGGUGUAGAAACUUUGCCCUGAGUGAGAGUCUGCAAAUUUUGAUUCUUGACUUAGCUCUGCCCCUAGUUUUGCUAGAUGACAUUUCUUUUUAGAUGACCUUCUCUAAGUGUUACCUGUUCUGUCUGCCUCUCACUAGAUAGAGUGAGCAGUGAAUAAAGUGUGCAGGUGGUAGUCAUGAAUUGUAGUGACACUGGUUAUCGCUGCAAAAGUAGGUUGCAAAAGGAAUUCUGUGAUUCUUACACUAGCUCUCAAUAGUUGUAUAUUGAAGCCUGGAUAUGCCCAGUCCUUAAAUAUUUCCUUUUCUGGUCAUUUUUCUUUCUUUCUGGUUUGUUGGAUGUGGUCUUUUCCCCCUUUCCUGUCAUGUCGAGAAAAAAGGCAUAUGCAAAGGGGGACUCAUUCUAUGUUCUUUUUAUGAAUCACCCAGUUGUCUUCCUGGUGCAUGUCUGUACUCUGGCACGGGUUGUGGGAUUCUGUUUCCUUAUUUGUGAAGUUCAGCUUCUCCUGGUCCCUGUGAUUCACCUCAAGAGGAAAUAUCUGGAGUAGAUAUUUUGAUUAGAGGAGGAAGGGACAGAGAAGGAGAAAGAUAUGAGGAGUAUUGUUGUGAAAGGAAGACGUGGUGAUACAGGGUUGUAGGGUGUAAAUAAAAUUACCCAGGCCUCUUCUCACUUGAGAAAGAGUGACUUUGGGUAAUGGCCUCAACUAAGAGGACACUGAGGUGUUAGGAAAGUUCAUCUCUGAGCAUAACACCCAAGUUCUGAAGAGUGAAUAAAGUUUAAAUUACUCUUAGUUUCUAUGAUCUCAAUAUCUGCUCCUCCUUUCCCCCUUGUGCCCCUGGUUUCAGGGCAUUGGGACAAUGAACGAAUUUUAACACGUCAAAAUUAUAACAACAAUAAUAGAUAGAUUUACUGAGAGUUUCUCACACUUUCACAUAUAUCAUGUUAUCUUCACUGAAGCUCUAUAUAACAUUAUAGAGUCCAAUAAAAAUUUCUUUCUUAAACAAUCUUAAAGAUUAAUGAGAAGAAAAAUGGAAUCUUGAAAACAUUUUUAGAAUCAUGAAUUUGAAGCUGAAAGGGAUUCUAGAGAUUGUCUAGUCCGAUCCUAUUUUAUGGAUGAGGGACUGCGGUCCAGAGUGGGGAAACGAAUUGUUGAAAGUCUUACUCAGCUAGGUAAUAGUAGUGCGGAACCCCACCAAAGGUUCCCAGAACAGAGAUGCACCUGUCUGAUUUUUCUGAGGCAUCAGGGAAGCUUCCGAACCAGUUUUUGUGGCGUAUUUAAUCAGUCACCAGUGGCUAAUAGCACCAGUUUCCUCUAAGCCUCUUGGAUGUGGCUGGGAGACACAGACUGGCCCCUUGUCUUUCAUAAGAUUAUGCUUUAGUUUGAGAAACAAGAUACAUGAAAAAAUAAUUACUCAAGACAAUGUAUCAGGUGUGAGCAGUGAGGACAGUACAUAUUGUGGCUAUUUUGAAGGUGAUUGGUUGUUGUUGGUACGAUCAGGGAAGGUUUGAUUAGGAGAUGGGAUAGGAGCUGGCCUCCCUGAGAAAACCAGGGUUCUGGGAUUGGAGAAGUCAUCCCAGGCAGGAGGAGUUAAGUUAGCCUGAGUUCAGGCUCAGUAGCUGGAGAGUGCAGGGUGUGUGAGAGAUCUUUAGCUGCAGUCUGAGCCACAGCUUAAGUCAAAUGUCAAUACGGCAGACUCAAGGAAAGAUAUUUUGGGGUUUUUCAUUGUGCUGUGAAAUCUUUGGCCUUUCAGUGUGGCCUAGGGAGGUACAUAUAUGCAGUAUUCAUUGCUGUGGUUUUCCUGCAGUAGUUUUUGGUCUCUUGUGGUCAAACAGGGUGUGUAUCAGUUUCACCUAUUUCUACCAACUCCCUUUUUCUAAAUUCUGUGUUCUCAGUUCUAUCAGGCUCUUUUCCCUAACUUCCCUCCAUCUAGCAGACUCUCAAAGCUACUGUGGAUUUUGGGAGGAGGAAUUAGAACAUGACCUGUGACCCUCGGUGAAUUUCGCCAGGUGGAUAAACUCCACCGCAAGCCACAGAGGGGCCUCCUCAUCCCAGCAAUCUGGCUAGGCUGACAGACUCAUAGGCUAUGGAGCAGGGGAGGGGGCGGGGGCCAAUAUUUCUCCGGCUAGUGAGGAACUGCCUGCGUCUUUGCGGCUUAGGCGCAGGAGGUGGGAGCCCCUGGGGCUGGUCAGUUGGCUGGUCUGGGGAUGCCCAGGCAGAUGCGGAGGCAGCUGGAAAAGUGGCACCGCACUCAGUUAGCUGGCGCUGCCGCGGUUCCUAGGAGACCGAGGAGCUGCAAGCCUGCGGGGGAGGGGGAGCAAGUGGGUUGCUGCUUUUAGCAGCUGAAAGGGCUGCAGGGAGCUCUGGGUAAGACAUUUUCUGCUGCUGCUGCUCCUGCUGCUCCUGCUCCUACUGCUGCUCCUGCUCCUGCUGCUGCUGCUGCUGCUGCUGCGGUAGAAAGCUGCCGCGAGUAAGUCAGAGGAAGGAGAAUCGAGAGGGAGGAGGUUUCGGUUGCAGCCAUGCUGAAUCACUGUCGCUGAUCAGAUCCUCCGCUGGUGCGCUGGGAGAACCAGGAGAAGCGGGAGGACUAGGCAACAGGACCAGGGUCCCCGGGCGCAUGCAGAGUUCACCGGCUACCACCCCGGCUGGGCCUCGCACAAUGGAGGGUGAAAGCAUCAAGCCAAGCCCCCAGCCCCUGGUACAGGCUGGGGAUGAUGAGAAGAGCCAGAGGACCAUCACUGUCAACCCUGCCCACAUGGGGAAGGCGUUCAAGGUUAUGAAUGAACUGCGGAGUAAGCAGCAGUUGUGUGAUGUGAUGAUCGUAGCAGAAGAUGUCGAGAUUGAAGCCCACCGUGUGGUCCUGGCAGCCUGCAGCCCCUACUUCUGUGCGAUGUUCACAGGUGACAUGUCUGAGAGUAAAGCUAAGAAGAUUGAAAUCAAGGAUGUGGAUGGGCAGACACUGAGUAAGCUGAUUGACUACAUCUAUACUGCUGAAAUUGAGGUGACUGAAGAGAAUGUCCAGGUGCUGCUCCCGGCAGCCAGCUUGCUGCAGCUCAUGGACGUUCGGCAGAACUGCUGUGACUUUCUGCAGUCUCAGUUGCAUCCCACCAACUGCCUGGGCAUCCGUGCAUUUGCAGACGUGCACACCUGCACAGAUCUUCUGCAGCAGGCCAACGCCUAUGCAGAGCAGCACUUUCCAGAGGUGAUGCUGGGGGAAGAAUUCCUUAGCCUAAGUCUGGACCAGGUGUGCAGCUUGAUAUCCAGUGACAAGCUGACUGUUUCUUCAGAAGAGAAGGUGUUUGAAGCUGUGAUUUCGUGGAUAAAUUAUGAGAAAGAAACCCGUUUGGAACACAUGGCAAAGCUGAUGGAACAUGUUCGUCUCCCUCUCUUACCUAGGGAUUACCUAGUCCAGACAGUUGAAGAAGAAGCUUUGAUAAAGAAUAACAACACCUGUAAGGACUUCCUCAUCGAGGCCAUGAAAUACCAUCUGCUCCCUCUGGAUCAGAGGCUCUUGAUUAAGAACCCGAGGACCAAGCCCAGGACCCCAGUCAGCCUGCCCAAGGUCAUGAUUGUGGUUGGCGGCCAGGCGCCCAAGGCAAUCCGCAGCGUGGAGUGCUAUGAUUUCGAGGAGGACCGGUGGGAUCAGAUUGCUGAGCUUCCCUCCAGGAGAUGCAGAGCAGGUGUGGUGUUCAUGGCUGGCCACGUGUACGCGGUGGGCGGGUUCAAUGGCUCACUGCGUGUGCGGACAGUAGAUGUGUACGACGGUGUGAAGGACCAGUGGACAUCCAUUGCCAGUAUGCAGGAGCGCCGGAGCACGCUGGGUGCAGCGGUGCUCAACGACCUGCUCUAUGCAGUGGGAGGCUUUGAUGGCAGUACUGGCCUAGCAUCGGUGGAAGCCUACAGCUACAAGACCAACGAGUGGUUCUUUGUGGCCCCGAUGAACACGCGGCGGAGCAGUGUGGGUGUGGGCGUUGUGGAGGGGAAGCUAUAUGCUGUUGGGGGUUACGAUGGAGCUUCCCGCCAGUGCCUGAGCACCGUGGAGCAGUACAACCCAGCAACCAAUGAGUGGACAUACGUGGCAGAUAUGAGCACCCGCCGCAGUGGCGCAGGGGUUGGGGUGCUCAGUGGACAGCUGUACGCCACAGGUGGGCAUGAUGGGCCCCUGGUGAGGAAGAGUGUUGAGGUUUACGAUCCUGGAACAAACACCUGGAAGCAGGUGGCAGACAUGAACAUGUGCCGGCGCAAUGCAGGGGUCUGUGCAGUGAAUGGGCUCCUGUAUGUGGUUGGAGGCGAUGAUGGAUCCUGCAACUUGGCUUCGGUGGAGUACUACAAUCCUGUCACUGAUAAAUGGACGCUGCUGCCAACCAACAUGAGCACUGGGCGGAGCUAUGCAGGUGUUGCUGUGAUUCACAAGCCCUUGUGACCCAAACUCCCACUGCCAGGAGGUGGAGGAAGAGGGGAGUGCUGCCUGUGACUCAGAAUAGCGGGGGACCAUGAUGACUGGAUUCCACUUGCUGGAGAGUCUGUAGUGUUGUGGGAACCACCGUCCUCUGACUUGGCAGAGUGGCCUUGCAGUGUGAACACCUGUUGGUGGCCCAGCUCCUGUUCCCCUGAGGUGCUUUGGCGUCCACCCUGAGCAGUGGGAUUCCUGACAAUCCCAGCAGCACCUUUGGGCUUUUUUGUGUGUGUGUUUCUACAGGGACAACAGAGAACUUGGACCGUAUGUUUGUGUGUGGUGUGUGUGUGUGUGUGUGUGUGUAUGUGUGUAGAACAUGGUGUUUCACUGAGUUGUGGGGUGGGAUGUGUGACUGUCUACUGGAUUUCUUUACUACUGAUCCUUCACUUUGCUAAAAAUCGAAUCACAGAAACCUCUCUUCUGGAUUUGGCUUCUGGGGACCCUGAGACUACUAAAGCUGCUGUCUUCUGGAGGUCCAUUUGGACAGCCUGGGAAGGUCCAGAAAUAACUAGCAAGAGGGGCAGCAUAUAUUACUUCACUACAGAAACUCUGUCUGCAGAAGAGCUGGGCCAUUCUUGAAGCAGCACCUCACGCUUUGUGCUAGAACUGGUGGACACGAGGGCUCGCAGUGCUCCUCCACCGCUACUCUUCCUUGGGCUCUCCUCCAGGAAGCAGAUGAGGACAGCCCAGCUUUGGGUGUGGGUCACUGCUCCUUGAUGUCAUGGAUUCCAGGUUUGGAGGUUUUGUCUCUUCAGCUGCGAAGGCUAACUCUUCAGAGAAGCCAUGGGUAACACACUGGAGAAAAAUAAAUAAAUAAAUAAAAACAAAACAAAAAACAACCAAAGUGGUAGGGACCAGGUCCCUGCCCUAACAGUCUCAGAGAGGGACCCUACUUCUGGGUUUAACCAGGAUAGUACAGUCCCUGUUUAUACUUGUCAUCCAGGCUUAAUUACUUACAGCUCCCCAUUUUACUCUCAAAAAUCUUCAAGUUUGGAGGAUAAAUAAAAGUUCAUCUUACCUCCAAACCCAAAGAUAGGUGUGUCCCUGCAUCGUAUAGGGUCAUGUGAGAUUCAAAUGAAUACGAAUGACUUUGACUGUCGGCUGCAGCUGGCCCUUGGCUGUUUGUGAUGGUCCAGUCUGUCUGAUAUCCUUGUCUUCCUUGUCCUCUGCUCCAUUCCAGGGCCUGUACCUUCCCCCCAACCCUCAGGACUACCCUCUCCUCCUUGCUUCCCCUUUGGGGGAGGAGAUGGUGAUAGGCCCUGGAUGUGUGAUCUCUCCCAGGGAUACUUACAUUUUAAAAGAAGAGCUUGAGGAAAGUUUGCUAAUUCACAGGUGAAAAUUAUUAAUGAUAGAAUUUCAAGGUCUGGAGAGUAGGUAUUUGAGUGUGUAUGGAGUCAUUUGCAUUUUAUAAAAAGAACCUUAAAGCUGUGCUGUUCCUAAAGUAGUAAGUUGCCUAAGUUGAAAUUUCAGACAUACGGGAGGCGAAGUCUUGUGUAUGGAGAACAGUCUCAUAUUCUAGGGCCUGGAUUUAAGGCUCUCUGAUGUCAAGGUCUGCCUCUGGGGAGCCAAGAGACUUUGUAAACCCUGAUGUUAGACUUCUAAUACAACUGAGCUACUUUAAAGCAGAUGCUGCAGGAGGUUGGUAUCCCCCCUCCCUGCAAUUAGAAACCCAGAAGCCUCCUCAGCUAAUUGGCCAAUUUGUGUAUUUACUAUAUAUUUAUCGAGCACUAAACACACAACUCUCCUGAAGUGGAAACUUAUGAUGUUGAGCAUAUGCCGCUUCACAGAGAUGCUUGGAGAACACCAAAGCACCCAGGAUUUUUAGCAGCCUAGGGAAGAGGCUGAAACAUUGAGCUUUGGUGGACCUGGAAGAAAUGUAUCCAAAGGAAUCCAGGCCUGCUUUUAAUUGGGUGCUCUGGUCUCUCCCAGCAGUGGAAAUGACUAUGGUUUUAGAGCUCUGCCUGGCUCUAGGUUGGAAACUGAUCGAAUGAACUCUUGGUCCUAAAUGUUCUUGGGACCUUGUUUUGGUGUAUAUGUGGUGAGGAUGAGGUGGGGUGUUGGGGCCUAAUGUAUGCUAUUUACACAAGCUCCUGAUUUCAGAUGAAAGGUGAAUUCCCCAUCCCCUUUCCCACCGCCUAGAAGCUGGACUUUGAAGCGUAUGUGGGGGAGGUUAUUUUUUGUGUAUCAUCCUCCCAUGAAAGCUAGCCAGCUAUGUUUCUUCUUUUGGAUUUUUGCCAUUGGUUCCACCCCACAUCUCCUUUUCCCAAGAAGCACUGACCCUGCUAGUAGUGCUGCCUAGGCCAUGUCAUCUCAUCCUCAUGUGUCCUUUCUCACGGGGACUAGAACACUGGUAUGUCAUCACCAAAAAGAAGUCUGCUCUAGCUGCCCACAGAUGCCAUCCAAAACUACCGACUCUUUAUCACUAGGUACGACCUUCUCUCUCCGUAGUGGGACACAGCAGACUUAUGUUCAAGUCUGUGCUUGUCACAUGGUAGGUGAGAAGCCCCCAUCCCCAAUUAGGGUGGCUACUACUGCUUGUGAGUGCAGCUUUGUCAGUGAUGUGUCUGGAAGUCUGAUUGCAGUGAUGAAAUGGAAUUGAAGCCCAAGGUUAGAAGCACCUUAGACACCAAUUGGAUACUGAUUUGGAAAACAUAGAAGUCAGACUCUGAAUUCCAAAGUUAUUUCUCAUCAGUGCCCAAUGGCAUCUCUCCAUUUAAAAAGUUGCAGUAUUAUGCAAAUGAAAGUGACCUCAUUUUCUGCUAUGCAAUAAGAAUACUUAAUUCUAGUUCAUGACAAACCAGUUGCAGUAUCCCCUAAGAUGCUUUUUCGAGCUGUCUUACUUUGAUAUCUGUUGUGUAAUGUUUAUAUAUUUCUGAGCCAGAUCCUUUCAAAGAUUGCCUUUUUAUAAAAUUGAAGCUAUAGCUUUCAGGCUAAAAUUUUAAUGUAAAUAUUUUUAUAAUUUUUCAGGAUAUUUGAAUCACUUUUUAUUGUCCAUGAUGAUGAAAUGCGUGGUUCCAUGUCACUCCCUCUCACACGUAGUUCAUGCCUGUAGCUCUUUCCCUUUGCUUCUUACCCUCCAAAAAUGGAUUUUUCAGUAGCUCCAGGUACACAAACCUCUUUGCCUCAGAGUCUUCUUUCUUAUACCAUAUUCAAGGGAGACUGUGGAAUUUAAAAACACAAACGACUGGUGAUUCUUAAAUUCCUAGGGGCAAAUGUUAAGCUUGACUCAGCACUUAUCCAUGCAUAUUGCCUGUCUAGGGUUGCUAUGAGUUGGAAUCUACUCAAUGGCACACAACUACAACAACUUCUUUGAAGUCUGCUUUUUGUGGGGGUGAGGCUGGCGUGGCCCACCUCCUGGUGACUCUCACUGCCUGGUGAUGAGCCUGGCAGAGCGUGGUGUGGAGAGGCUCCAGAGAAAGGCCUGCCCUCCAAGGCACGUACUCAACAGUUUCCUAGGUCCAGGAAACCUUUCCUCAUUCUCUUCUGUCCCUUGGUCUUCUGAAACUUCCAACAGCGUAAGGCCUUUGCUACUGGAUGAUGUCCGUUUUGGAAGUGUCUUUUCUCUGAACUUUGCAGUUGCUCAUUCUAACUUACAACUUAGUUGCCUCUCGAGCUGUGUCUGUGCCCCAGGUUCUAAUUUGUGCAUUUGUCUGCCAUUGGCGUGAUUUUUUUAAUUGUUAUUUUUAUUGUUGGGACAGGUGCCAUAUUGAAUUGCCUCCCUGCACCCCAUUUGCAUCUUGUUGGAUCAAGUUGAGAGGUUGAGCAAACUCAUAUUACAGUUAGCUGGGGUUUUUAAGGCUCUAUUUGCCUGGAGAAGACAGGAGGUUGGAAUGUCUUUUUUUUUUUUUUUAAAGUAUUUGCACUAUUUAGGAUCCUAAGCCCCUCGUGUUCAGCUGUGCUGUGCAUCUACUGACCAAGCAGGAGAGCUGGCAGCAUGUCUGGCGUUAAGGAAUGGAAGAGGUCCCUUCCAUAGUGGAUCAUCACCGCCUUACAGCCUCUCUGCAGCCUUCGUUAUAAGACUCAGUGACUCAUGGAUACAGCAUCAGCCAAGUCAGGAACACAAGGGACUGUGGCAUUUGGAGAAACAAAUUGCCCUAGUGCUAUAUUCUUGCCUUUGGGUAUGAGAUUAUAAAUUAUUUUUUCCCCUUUUCAGUGGCAAUAAAGGACCCUUGUUGGACUUUGUGUUUAAUUUGUAUAGUUUUUAUUUGUAUAUGAUGUGUAAAAUAAUUACUUUGAAAGAAAACUCAAGACUCUGAAUGUGUGUGUCCGUGUGGGUGCUCUGUCCUUGGGAUUGUCCACAUUCCGUCAGACGUGAUGACUGACACCCCGUACAACAUAUCACAUAGGUAAGGCCCUUGAUCUGAUGUCUCCUGCAUGGAAAUUAGGGAACGUAUAUCUUGUAAAAGAACAACACUUGUCACAUGCUUGAUCAGUUACAGUGAAAGCUGAAGAAACAUUUCCUCAAGUGUAUUAUUUUAACAGGAAUCAUGUUCUAGUUUCCCAUGCUUUAAUUUUAAUAAAAGCUGAACUGUGUAAACCUUUCUCAGUAUUUCAUUUUCACAAACCAGCCUCUCCACUAUGUCUCUGACAUGAAAAGGAUAGACUUAUUCCUGCAUGUCUUCAUAUUUAAAAUUUUUUCUCUUUAAGAUCUAUUGAACAGGGUCUAGGUUCCUUUGGUCUCUGUCACCUGGCUGCAGCACAGUGCCAAACCCACCAAGACCUUCUUCAUGAGGCCCAGAGAGGACAGUCCCUCCAGCAAAUGUUAGCUGGUGUGUGCAACAGCCAGGAGAUUGUGAC